CUUCCUUUGGUUUGCCUUGGAAACAAAAAUGGCGGGCGAUACUAUUACAGAUUCAGACGAAAUUCAGUGGCUGACUGAAGUUUUGCAAGACUCGUCCCUUUUCACAAAACUUAGGAAGGAUUUACAAAGAGAAGUUUCGAAGUCUUAUGUUCCUUUAAAUCAAAAUGAUAUGAAGAAGAGCCUAGAGAAAUACAUCAAAGACUCUGGAUGGGAUAUUACUCUACAAAAUGCUGUUUAUAGAGAAAUCAAAGUCAAUCCUAUUCCAAAAUUAGAUACUCCUGACUUUGCUGCAAAAGAGCCACUGCAAUUUAUUAGGAAGGCCCAGGCUACUUGGGAGAAAAGAAUUGUUAAAAGCAUCAAUAGCAUGUGUACAGAACUUAGUCUUCCUCUUGCUACAAAGCGUUCUGCAGUAGAACAAGCAAGCAUAUCAUCAAAGUUUCAGACUCUUGGAAGUGAUCUAGAUGAGAAAGAGUUUGAAAGAAUAAAGCCUGUAUAUGCUCCUAAAGACUUCUUUGAGGCAUUGAUUGCUGUUGAGAAUUCAAACUUUGUGCCACUUCAAAAAACUCCUAGUUCCAUUAAAGGAUGGGGUUUGAUUCAAGUCAACCUUUAUGCAAAAAGUUUAGAUGAACUGAGGUGUGAAUACCAAGAACUUGAUCCAGGCUUAAAUCAAUGUGGUGUAGAUGAUGCGCCAAGCAGUUCAACAGUCGAUGUAUUUGAAAGUGAUUGGCCUAAACUAGGAAAGAAAGUUAUUCAGAAUGGAAGUGCAAUUGCUGCUCGUCAGUAUGCAAAGAAUGGCUGCCCAUCAGGUUUACGAGGCCAGAUUUGGCAACAGAUUCUCUGUUUAGAUGUUGAUGAUGUGGAUCUGCUAUAUUUCAAUCAACUCAAGACAUAUGUCAUUCAACACAAAAUGCUGGUUGAUAACCUAGUUAUGAAGGAUAUCCGAAUGACAGCAACCAAUGAUGAUGAUUACUUUGUAUUUGAGGACCUGCUAUAUCAGGCACUUUUAGUAUUCACGAGGGAUACUGCUGUCCUCAGACAUUUCCAUACAACAUGUGCAAACCCUCCCAAGUCAUACAUCAAAGGAAAACUCGGAGUUCAAGAGUAUGCUGUGUUACAUCCACCAAAUGGUGUGAUUCCAUUUCAUGGAUUUUCUAUGCACGCUGCUCCAUUGUGUUACAUCUGUUCUCAUGCUCCAAGGUUAUACUUCCUCUUCAGAGAAUUGUACACAAGAUAUUUCUUCAGAUUGCAUACUAUGUCUUCACAUCCACAGGGUAUUAUGUCCUUGUGUGUUUUAUUCGAAAGACUUUUACAAACACAUGAACCAUCAUUGUUUUAUCACUUAAAGAAUGUGGGGGCUCCGCCAUUGAGACUCGUGUUCAAUUGGAUAGUGUACGCGUUUUCUGGCUAUCUUUCAACAGAUCAGGUUUUAUUGCUAUGGGACAGAAUCCUUGCCUACGAUUCUUUAGAAGUACUACCAGUGCUCGCCAUGGCCAUCUUGUCAUAUCGUCGAUGCAAUUUAAUGGAAGUUACUAAUCUGCAGACAGCACAGACUGUACUAGCGGACAUCUCAACACUGAACGCCAUUGCUCUCCUUCAGUAUGUUCUGUUUCUAAAGCAAUACGAUACUUCGUUUGUUCAUCAUGGAUUUAAGACAACUACAUGACAAUCACCGAUAUCUGAUGUGAUGAAAUAAACGUGCUGAUCCCCGGGCAAUACCGGAGGAAUUUGCAUUUUAGCAAUGGCCGGCAAAUCCAAGAAGUAUUUACCAGCCCUUAGAGGAAAAAAAAAUACUUGAACUCACUAAUGACGGAUUCACUGUUCCAUAUACCAACUGAAUUUUAUAGUUUAGGACUUGCUCCCAAAAACGCAUUCAAAUAUUGAUAUUUGUGCAUGUAAUAAUUUCCAUUUUCAAUUAAGUGGAAAAUUUUAGAAUGACGCUAUUUCAAAAGAAUGAAAGCCAUGGUAACUGCAGAAAGAAAUCUCAGAAAGUAUAAAUCAAUUCUGCGUGUCGUAGAAAUCAAGUUACAUGUCGCGUAUAGACAAACUCACUUGAGAACAAAAGAAAGCACGAAAAAAACUUUCAACGCACGAAAAAAACUUCCCACAUUUGAUUUCACACAGGACUUUGAGCCUUCUCAGUGAAAAUCGAGCUUAGCCUCAAUUUUGAGAAAAAUGCAAAUUUGUAGGGCUAUUGUAAUGACUUUUGGAAGGUCUCAACUAAAGCAGCGAUCGCUCGCUUUGAACGGGAAAAAUAGGCGUAUGACGUAUCGUGUACCCUGGAGGCAUUUGUCGAUUGUAAAUAUUAAAAUAAUAUUCAAUUUUAUCAA